AAAUCCAAGGAAAACCUGUCAUUUGUUUAUAGCAUCCCCAAAACCUAUUAUCGUAUGAAAUUCAAUAGGAUUCUGGUUUUAGCAUAUGAUAAUAUAAUAGGAAAACAUUAUAUAAUCAGUCUUUUUAUUCAUCCAAAGAAGUAUUUUGCCAUAUAAUACAAAGAAAUACGCAAGAGAAAGAUUAUCACAUGAAGUCAAAUAUAUUUUUAGAGUGAAAUAUUUCAUAAAGAAUCUGGGAGUCAUUUUCCUCUUGCAAGUUUUCGAAACAUUUGCAAAAGAGUCAUAUCCUAUUUAUUUUUCGAAGAUGAGAAUGUCCAUGCAAACAGUAGUAAUAAUGGUCUAGAUAAUCCCCAGGGGAAAAGUCGUAAGAUGUAGCUUGUAGUUGAAAUGUUGCACAGUUUGUAAUUUAUGUUGCAGUCUCUUAUAUUUGUAUGUUGACUAAGGAGGUCUCAUAAAUGCAAUUUCCAUUGGUUACGGUCAAGUCCUUAUCAGCACUUUUAAUAUUCAAACCAUUAAACUAGAGGGGCUUUGUAGCAUUCACCUCUAAUCUGAUAAUAACAAUGCAGGAUUCUUGAAUCAUAAUUCCAUUAAAUAAAGUUGCUAUACGUAUAUAAAAUGAUAGUUAGUUUGUUAUAGGCUUUUGCUAUGCUCAUACGAAUAAAAAGAAAACUGUCAUAUUAUACAAUUUUUGCGUACUAAAAUGACUGCGUGGAAUACUAAGAUAGAAUUGAAGACAUAGAAUCCACUGUUGCUUUUAGGCCCUGUUCUCGUCAAUAAUGGCUCCAGCUAAUAAUAAGAAUAAAUUGAUGGAAGUAUUUUUAUAUCACGUUUAAGGCAAAGAAGGAAAAUUCAGGGGAACAAAAAGCUGUUUUAAAUUAUGUAGUAAUUCUAAUUAUAAUAUUAAUUUAGUAAAAAGGAAAGAACCACUCUUUCGUUCAUUCCACUGAUUGAACUGCAAACUGAAAUUGGUUCGAAGAAAAUAUAAAAGAAGCAUGUUAUAGAUCAUUGUUAAGACUAGUAAAACAUAUGAAAACGUGACAACCUCCCAUCCUUUAUUUUUUGACUGAAGAAAGAACAAAGCCAGAACUUUUUAAUAGCGAUCAAAUCUUUCGAGCAACCAAAUUAUCUGUUAAAAUGUGUUUAGUAAUGUGGUGUUGAUAUCGAAUUCCUGGCCAGAAAAAGUGAGCUUGUGGGCGAGAUCCGCAGAUGGUGGUAAAGUAACAAGAAGCAAGCUAUGAAUAAUAGGCAUACUCAACUAGCAGGGGCUACAAUUUCCCUACCAUUAAGGGUCAAAUCACGAGGCAGGUUUUAGUAUUUAUAUUCCUAGAACGUCCACACCGGCGCUUCACAAUGACCAAUGUUCAUGUUCCACUGCUAAAAACAUGUACAGAACGUGGAACUAUUUUCCCUCCUUGGAUCUGCAAAUCAUUAAAUUCCCUCCUUAAAUUACACAAAAUAUUUCCCCUCCUCUGUUCACUUGUACCUCGUUUUGUUCCUUUCUCUUCUAAGCCAUUAUGGGAAACGAAGCUCAUGACCAACAAUACUCAAAAAAGUUGCAAGCAUAUGCUCACAGCCAAAAGCACAAGCUGAAGCCUAUUGUGUUAGUCAUACUCACCAAUCUUGCCACCAUUUACAUCUUCACUGGUCCAUUUAGUUUUUUGUACCACUCCUCAACGAGUUCUCGUGACUCAAACUCUAUCUUGCAGGAACUCAACUCCACCAGAGCUCAACUUGCUGCCACUCACUCACUCUUGUCUGAACUACACCACAGACUCAACUCCUCUAACUUACUUGUCCAGGCGCUGCUUAUCGACCUUACGCGUCAACAAGAAAAGCAAUCCAACAGUGCUGAUCAGAAUCAAGUGAGUAGGAAAUUAGGGAAUGAUGAGCUUACUUUUGCACUUGGUCCUCACAAGCUCCCCUUUGGGUACUCACCAAUGAUAGGGUCGGAUGAGAUUCACACACCUGUUGGUGCAUUCUGCAUGAAGCUCCAUGAUGAGUUAAAUCGAUAUAUGACGUAUGAGAUUGGAGGGGAGUGCCCUAUGGAUUAUGUGCUUGCACAAAGGCUCAUGCUCAAAGGGUGUGAGCCACUCCCUCGUAGGAGAUGCCACCCCAGGUCUCCUGCAAAUUAUGUGGAGCCAACACCUUUGCCUGAGAGCCUUUGGUCAACCCCACCAGACACCAGCAUUGUAUGGGAGGCUUAUGCUUGUAAAAGUUACCAGUGCCUUGUUGACAGAAAGAAUAAGCCUGGCUCAUACAAUUGCAAGAGUUGCUUUGAUUUACAAGGGGAAGAGAGGAGUAGGUGGAUCUUUGAUGAUGGUGGACUUGGUUUUGGAAUAGACCAAGUUCUUGCAACCAAACCUGCAGGGACUAUUCGAAUUGGACUUGACAUUGGUGGUGGAACUGGAACUUUUGCUGCAAGGAUGAGGGAAAGGAAUGUCAUCAUCAUCACUAGCACACUGGAUUUGGAUGCUCCUUUCAACAACAUCAUUGCAUCAAGGGGUUUGGUACCGAUGCAUAUUAGCAUCUCUCAAAGGUUUCCAUUCUCUGACUACACACUGGACAUUGUACACUCCAUGGAUGUCUUGAGUAAUUGGAUACCAGACACCAUGCUUGAGUUUGUACUAUUCGAUAUAUACAGGGUUUUGAGGCCAGGUGGUCUGUUCUGGCUUGAUCAUUUCUUUUGCUUUGCGUCACAACUCAAUAAAACUUACGUGCCUAUGUUGGAUCGAAUUGGAUUCAAUAGAUUGAGGUGGCAAGUUGGAACCAAACUUGAUGAUGGGGUUCACAAGAAUGUGUUGUACAUUUCAUCCCUAAUGGAGAAACCAAUGACUUGAGGUAAGUGUAUGAACGCAUAAGAUUACUUAGGGAAGCUUUUUUAUCACCUUGCGAGAAAAUGUUAAGAUCUUGACUAAAAUGGAAGUUCUUCUGAAUUUAUAUUGCACUGUUAAGAUAACUAGUACUUCACUCCCAUCAAUUUCAUGCACCGGUGGUGA